ACGAGCAGCACGGCUCAGCUUCACACGGGCGCUCCGGUCCAGGGCCUGGGGCAGCUCCCGACGCUUCUGGUUCUGCCGUACCCCUCUCCACGACCUCGGUCGGGCAUGUUUUCCAGGGCCCAGGUGAGACGGGUUCUGCAGUGGGUGCCCGGAAAGCAGCGACUUGGCGUCUACAGGUUCCUGCCCUUCUUUUUUGUCCUGGGCGGAACAGUGGAGUGGAUCAUGAUUAAAGUGCGCGUGGGCCAGGAGACCUUCUAUGAUGUCUACCGUAGAAAAGCCUCAGAAAGACAAUAUCAGAGAAGGCUGGAAGAUGCAUCAGAGACUGAACUUCAGCAAUCAAUAAAAAUUCAGAUUUAAUCAUGGACAUAAAAGAUCUCUAUUGCAAGAUCAUUUAAACCAGGAUAUUUAUGCAGAUUACAUUUCUGCCAGCUACCAAUUUGUAAACAUUUUGCUAGGUUGGUGGGAAUUCCUGACUGACCACACAUUACUCACGUUAAGUGCUCUUGUGAACAGAAAUAACCCCUUCCCUUGCCUGGCUCCACUAACAUACAAGGGCUGGACCUUCAUGAGGACUAAGGGUGGUGGGGGCGACAGGCCUCACGCCUGUCUACGAUGAAGAUAAAGCUUUCAUCUAGCUGCUGAAGAUAAAGACACUGCUCCUUCCCUAAGAAAGUGAAACUUCACAGUGUAAAGCAACCAGAGACCUCAGCUAAAUCAGAGGCUCUGUAGUGGGAGAGAUUCUGCAAUCUGACCAAGAAUAAGUUUGGGUCAGCUGGUAGAAAAGGUAAAGGUAUCUUUCUAUGCUUGGAUAACCACGUCCUACAUCUUUCCAAACAAGAAAAUAUCUACAUAUUAAACACUAAGUUUCAAAAUGAUUUCUAACUAUGGCUCAUGAACAGAGAAGCAGAUGCUUAAAG